AUGAACGACGAGGUGAGUGAGAAGGUGAGCGAGAAGGUGAGCGAGAAGGUGAGCGACGGGGUGAGCGACGGGGUGAGCGACGGGGUGAGUGAAGAGGUGAGCGAGAAGGUGAGCAGUGAGGUGAGCGAAGAAGUGAGCGAGAAGGUGAACGAAAAGGUGAGCGACGGGGUGAGUAAAGAGGUGAGCGAGAAGGUGAGCGGUGAGAUGAGUGAGGAAGUGGGAGGUGAGGUGAGCGAUGAGAUGCGUCAAGAGGUGCACGAGGAGGUAAGCGAGAAGGUGCACGAGGAGGUAAGUGAAAAGGUGAGCGGUGAGGUGAGCGAAGAGAUGAGUGAGGAGGUGAGAGAUGAGGUGAGCGAGAAGGUGAGCGAUGAGGUGCGUCAAGAGGUGCACAAGGAGAGCCAGUUGUGA